AUGGAGGCCGUCAAACAAACACUCGCCCAGAACUUUGGUGGCCCUGCCCAUGACGCCGCCAAUACAGGCCAGAAGUUCAGCAUCGAAACCGAUGUUCCUGAUUUGAGCGGCAAGGUCGCUUUGAUCACUGGAGGCAGCGAGGGAGUUGGCUACGCCACAGCCUACACUCUUCUCAAGCGCAAUCUUGCCAAGCUAUUCAUCAUUUCUCAGCGUGAAGAAGUUCAAAACCAAGCCGAGGGAGAUGUUCGCAAACAGCUUGGCUCCGAGCACGCCGAGAAGAUCACCUUCUUUCAAUGCGACUUGUCCGAUCUGCUCGCCGUCACCGAUAUCGUCAAACAAAUCAGGUCACAGACGGAUCGCCUCGACAUUCUCUGCCUCAAUGCUGCCCGUGGAAUUAUGACAUACCAGACGACCGACUAUGGCAUCGACCGACACAUGGCAGUCAACCACUUAGGUCACGUCACCCUUACCUCCCACCUGCUUCCCCUGUUGAAGAAGACGGCCGAGUCCUCCACCGUCCGGAUCCAGAUUCAAGCUUCGAACGCCCAUCAAGGUGCUCCCAAAGACACCAAGUUCGCCACAAUCGACGAACUGCAAAACGAUCUCGGCCCUAAUCCUCAGUACGGCCGCUCAAAGCUUGCCGGUAUCCUCUAUGCGCGUUACUUGGCUGCCCACCUCACAAAAGAGCAUCCCAACAUCCUUGCCAACGCAACACAUCCAGGAGUCGUCGAGACCAAGAUGUCUACCGAGGACAUUCACGAGCCGUACCCCAAAGCUGGCUAUCUGAUGAGUGCGGGCCUCAGCCCUUUCAAAAAAGAUAUCUGGGAAGGUUGUGUGAGUACGGUGUAUGCUGCGACUGUUGUGGUAGAAAGCGGUCUCUACAUUUGCCCACCUGCGAAAAUCGAGGAGGGCAGCCCGUUGAGUCAGGAUGCUCAACUAUGUGAGAACCUGAUGAGGAUCACGGGCGAGAUCAUUCAGGAGAAGUUCGGCGCACAGAGCGUAGACAAGGGCUGUCCUCUCAAGGACUAUUAG